AUGCUGUGGCAGAAUGUCCGCCGCUUUGGUCAGAAGCUGGUUCGCAGGAAGCCUCUGGUGCUGGGAGCGGCAUCCAAGAGUCAUCUGUCCCGCUGUCUGAGCAUACUGGACCUCGUGUCCCUGGGUGUGGGCAGUACCCUGGGCGCAGGCGUGUAUGUUCUGGCUGGGGAGGUGGCCAGAGAGAAAGCUGGACCAUCCAUCGUCAUCUGCUUCAUGGUGGCUGCCCUGUCUUCGGUGCUGUCUGGACUUUGCUAUGCAGAGUUUGGAGCCAGGGUGCCGUGUUCUGGUUCUGCAUAUCUCUACAGCUAUGUCACAGUGGGCCAAUUGCUGGCUUUUGUCACCGGCUGGAAUCUCAUCCUCUCCUAUGUCAUUGGCGCAGCCAGCGUAGCCCGAGCCUGGAGUGCUGCCUUUGAUGGCCUCACGGGGAACAGCAUCUCCCAGGCUCUGCAUGCCGCCCUCCGUAUGCAGGCGCCCAGCUUCCUGGCCAAGUACCCCAACUUCUUUGCACUGGGUCUGGUGCUACUCCUCACUGGUCUGCUGGUUCUGGGAGCUCGAGAGUCUGCCCUGGUCACCAGAGUAUUCACAGGGGUGAACCUUUUGGUUUUGAGCUUCAUCUCUUUCUCUGGCUUCAUUAAGGGAGACCUGAACAAUUGGAAGCUCACGGAGGAGGACUACCAACUGGCCAUGACGGGGUCCAACAGCAAUGACAGCCUGGGCCCUUUGGGCUCUGGGGGGUUUGCACCUUUCGGCUUGGACGGCAUUCUCCGUGGGGCGGCCACGUGCUUCUUUGCUUUCAUUGGGUUCGACUGCAUCGCGACUACAGGAGAGGAGGCCCGCCACCCUCAGCGCGCCAUCCCCCUGGGCAUCGUGAUCUCACUCUUCAUCUGCUUUCUGAUGUAUUUUGGUGUCUCCGCGGCGCUCACCCUCAUGAUGCCCUAUUACCAGCUUCAGACAGACAGCCCCUUGCCUCAGGCCUUUGUCCAUGUCCACUGGGGCCCUGCGCGUUAUGCAGUGGCUGCUGGCACCCUCUGUGCCCUUUCCUCCAGCCUCCUCGGUUCCAUGUUCCCUGUGCCUCGAGUUGUCUAUGCCAUGGCGGAGGAUGGACUCCUGUUCCGGAGACUCGCUGUGGUCCAUUCUCGCACGCACACGCCUGUCCUGGCUACUGUCAUUUGUGGAGUCAUUGCAGCAUUCAUGGCUUUCCUUUUUGAGCUCGGUGAUCUUGUGGACCUCACAUCCAUUGGGACCCUGCUGGCCUACUCCUUGGUGGCCUUCUCUGUCCUAGUCCUCAGGUACCAGCCAGAUCAGAAUUUAAACCAUGGUAGGAAUGAGAAGACCCAGGGGGAGUCUCUUGAGAUGAAGGCUACCCCUGAAGCCACGGCACCCUCAGAGCCUGGUUCCGAAGUAGGAAGCCCAGGGGUUCUACGCAGCUUGUGGCACUCUGCGGACGCUGGUCCCACUGUGAGGUCUGGCUGGAUCGUCUAUGGCUGUGCUUCCCUCACUGUCCUUGUGCUGACCCUCGUGUGUCUAAUCCUGGCCCAGUGGCCGGGGCGCCUGUUCUCUGGAGACCUCGUGUUGGUAGUAGUGACUGUCUCACUGCUGGUACUUGUUCAUCUGAUGGCGGCCAUUAUCUAUAGACAACCCCAGAACACCUCUCCGCUCCACUUCAAGGUGCCUUUCCUACCCGUCCUUCCUCUGCUGAGCAUCUUUGUGAAUGUCUACCUCAUGAUGCAAAUGACUGCUGGGACCUGGGCUCGGUUUGGAGUUUGGAUGCUGAUUGGAUUUGCUAUUUAUUUUGGAUAUGGGAUCUGGCACAGCUUUGAGGAGAACGAUCAGCAGCCACCAGACUCAAGCUCUUCAGUUCUCCACGAAAACAUCCCUGGUGCUGAGUUAACUGAACAAACGACCGACAUGUCCUGCAGACUGUAG